GAACCUAAGACGCGUAUCUCCGAGCCAACGAGGCUCGGUCUGCCCGCCCUAUAUAUAUCACCCCAAACCUCACGCUGUACACGCAUCUUUCGCUGAACGGUCGGAACCAAAAGCUUCGAUUGAACGAAAAGGCAGAGAGAGUUUGUUGGAUCUGAAGGUAAAAGAAGCAAAGGCUUGGAGGUGAUUGAAAACAUGGCACUGGUUUCAGGAGGAAGGUCAACAUUGAACCCCAACGCCCCUCUCUUCAUUCCUGCUGCUUUCCGGCAAGUGGAGGAUUUCUCUCCAGAAUGGUGGCAACUGGUCACAACCUCAACAUGGUACCAUGACUAUUGGCUCAGCCAGCACCAGGGUGAGGAUGGUUUCUAUGAAAAUGGUGAAGAUGACUUUGAUGGCGUCAAUGUUGCUGAUUUGCUGCCAGAGACUUUUGAAUUUGAUGAUGGUGAUGAUUUUUCAAACAUGGAAACUCAGUUUGAGGAGUUUCUCCAAUUUUCUGAAAAUAAAGGUUUGGAAAUGAACGCUGCGGCAGUGAUGAAGAAUCUGAAAUCUUUGGAGGAAAGGGAUCAUCAUCCCAAGUCCCCAAUUGUACCUGCAAAAUAUGCAGAGAAGCCGGGUAAGAGCAUGAACCCAAAAUGCAGCCCCCGCCGCAUCCAGCAGCCCCGCUGAACGAAGCAAAGCUUGCUUUGACUUUAGCGUGUAGCUUAUCUAGCAUCUCAGCAAAGUAACAUCUAGCUUUUCGCUUUCAGCAACUUUCUGUAUAGAGCAAGGUUGCAACUCUUGCAUCGAUCCUUGUUCAUUCUCAUGUAUUUGUUCAGUUUACAGUCAGCUUACCAAACAAAUCCUUUGAAAAAAAAAAAAUGUAAAAAUCUUCACAAAUGGACAAAAAAAAAAAAAGUGGUUCUGUUUAUCAGGAAA